GUACUUGACAGGUGAUGCUUUAACUGUUACUGUAUGGACUCUUGCUCACUAGCAUGGGAGAAGAGGAAGGACUACAUCAAUCACAAUUACUGGACACAAUGUUUGUGCGAGGAUUAAAAAGAAAAUGUUUUGAUGGUGAAGAAGAUAUUGAAGGAACUCUGGCUGGUAUUAAGGCUAUUCCUUCAUAUAAUCUUCAGCGGCAGUCACUGUUAGAUAUGUCCUUGGUUAAACUUCAGCUGUGUCACAUGCUGGUUGAACCUAACCUUUGUCGCUCGGUGCUUAUAGCCAACACGGUACGGCAGAUUCAAGAGGAAAUGACUCAAGAUGGGACUUGGCAGAUGAUAAAUACACAGAGUACAGGGCAGGCAUCCCUGGAUCAUCUCGUUUCAACCGAUAUCCUCUGUCGUUCAUCCAGGGAACAAGCUGAGGGAAAGCAUGUUCCAGGCUAUAGUACUUUCAAUAAAGACUUUGAGGGUGACCAGGCACAAGAUAGUUCAGAAACUAUGUCAACAGCCUCUUCAGUGCAAGCUCCGAGAAACCCGCAGAGCAAUGUGUGGGAAAUGGAAAACCCACAAGAAAGUAAAGGAAAUUUUCAAAAAUCAUUAGACCAAAUAUUUGAGACAUUGGAGAAUAAAAGUUCUAAUUCUGUUGAAGAUUUAUUUUCAGAAGUUGACAAUUCUUACUAUGAUCUUGAUACCAUGUUAACAGGCAUGAUGAGCAACACAAAAAUGGGACACUGUGAUGGGCUUGAAACAUUUUCUUCUCCAACAACUACAACUUCUAACUCUAAUUGUAAAUCUGAUCUUAAUGAGCUUGAUCAUAUUGUGGAAAUCCUUGUUGAAUCCUGAAACUUCUGUGUGGGAGACAAAGAUCUUUUAAUAGGAACAAAAGACUCAAGGAAGCUAUUUCCACAGUUUGUUUUAUCAAAUCUGCACGUGUAUUUUAUAAAUAUCUAUAUAUUAUAUAGAUAUAUAUUUAAAAAGAGCACUUCAUAUUGCAAAAUAGUGUUGACUCUUAAAGUUAACUUGCAACUUGUAGUGUAAUUGAUACAUUGUCCAUUGAACUGUAAGUACAUACAGUAAAUGUUUUUGAGCUUGGUGUCCAAGGCUCUUGAAAUUGGGUUCCUUUUGCCAACUUGUUUUAGCCUUUGAAGGAUGUGCUCAGAGAGAAGGAGUCUCUCAUCUUUUUUUUUACACCUCUCCCAGUAAAAGAGAAGUUGGAUAACCAGUUUCCUAUUUUCCUCCGGUUUCCACUUUGUGACACCAUGUAACUCCUGCCACAUCUGCUGCUUGUGUUCUAAGUGGCUACAUGGCUCUCAAAGAGCAGUAUGCAAUAGUUCCUUUUAUCCUAGCUAGCUUAUUCUGGUUUUUGCUACAAUUUUUACUUCAGAAAUAGUUUUAAAGUGUUUAUUGGUGUUUAGAUUUUUCCAGGUAUUUUCCUAAAAUAUAUUUUUACUACAGAUGUUAUGUCAGCUGCUAACUUAGUAACUUUUGAUCAUAUCUGCAGUUGAUGUAUUUUUUGAAAGCUUUUCAAAAAGGGAUGUUUUUUUACUGUGAGCUACCCAAUGUAGUUCAGUAAAGUGUAUGUAAAUGUAAAUAUACAAUUUUAUACUUUACAUUAAAAUGUAAGAGCUGUUUUCAUGAUUCUGUUUUAUAGAGUAGUACUUUACUAAAUUGAUUAUGCUUGUCAUACCCCAUAUACAUUAGUAUCAUUAGAGGAAGAGCUGUGAUCCAGCUAGAUACAAUUACAUUUAACUCAUAUCAGACCAUAUUUUUGGUUAACUGCAAACCUAAGUUAUGUAGGUUUUUAUUUAUGUAUAUUUAUAUGUAAAUGUUGUUAAGUGAAUUGUUUAUCACUGAAGUCUACCAUCAAAUAUUUGUUUCUAUGGGAUAAAUAUCUUGCACUAAUUACUACAAAAAGUGUUAUUAGUGGCCUUUAAAUCUCAAGUGGUAUGUCAGUAUGCCUUGUCAUAAUUAAUAUGCUCCACUCUUACCAAGGUUUUCCUCUUGGCUUUUUUUGAUAACAAAAGAUAAUACAA